AUGGUGUCGAAACGACGCGCGUCGCGUCCAUCGGUGGCGCUCGCGGACGCGAACGAGCGACCGCGGCGGGGGAAAACGCGCGCGACGCUCCGGAAAACGCCUCCGACUCCGAGAGGACGUCGACCGGAAGAUCAUCGCGAUGGAGGGGCGAUGCGCGGGGCGAACGCGGCCCGGGCGCGGGGGGAAACGAUGGAGGAAUUUUCUUCCAUCGCGGUCGCGAGAGGGGACGGGCGCGCGGGCGUCGUGCGCGCGUCAAAGGCGCGUGGAGUCGUCACGCGCGUUGACCGCGGAGCGAUCGCAUCGUCUCCGUGUCCGACGUCCGCGCGACGUUCGAGGGCGCGCGAGGGCGAGAGAGACGUCUUGGAACAAGAUUGUGUUCGUUCGAGACGCUCGCGUGGGCGCGCGGAGGCGAGCGAGGGCGCGCUCGGUGAAGAAAUCAACGGUAUAAGCGCUCGGCACCUGUUUCCUCGAGACAGCGACGGAAUUCCCGGCACCGAGAGGAGAGGUCUGGAGAACGACAGCGCCGAGGUCUCGGAGUGCGCUAUGAGCGAUUUGGACGAGAGCACGAUCGAGAAGUGGAUCGUGUUCGAAGACACGGACGUUGGUGUGAGCGAACGCGCGCGGGAGGCGGGCGUGAGCGAGAGACAACGUUCCUCGGCUGUCGCAGACACGGCGACGGGACUUGAGCGGUUCGAUUUUGAGGUUCAUUUUGAUGCGGUUUUCAUGGACAAGGCUUGGAGUGUGUUGAACUCGUUACCGUCGGUCGCUCCGGGGGUGAUGAUGAUGAUGCGUGAAAGCGAUACGGGCUUCGAUCGCGACGACGAGCCGUUCCUCUCUCCUGAGUGGCUCGAUCAUCGGACCGAGAGCACUGCCGAGAGCGAUAACGAGGGCGACUACGCCGAUGACGAGGACGCGAGCCGACGCUUCGCGGAAACUGUGCGCGAGAGUGCGUUCCUUCACGUCGAUGAUGACAGUUUUAUGAGCGGAGAAGCUCCGUUCGAUUACGUUCGCGGUCCGGCGGACGAUUUCCCCACCGAGCGGGCGACAGAUGCGCCGAAAGUGGACAUCGAUUUCGCCCUCAAGAGCGCGGCGUCGCUUCGCGACGACGAUCUCGAAGAAUAUGAGCGCGAAUGCAGCGCCAUGGAGCGUGAUUUGGUGCUCGAGUCUCAAGAACACUUCGCCACCAUCGCCGAUGGGCGCGUAUUCCGCGUCUCCAGCGAGCUCGUUGCACCGUGCGGAAAGGUGGCAAAACGCCAACUCGAGGACAGCGCUAAUGGAGAGGUCACCGAAGGUGAAGACUCCGAUGCUGACGUCGUCGCUCAAGUGAAGAAAGUAGACACGAAGAAACGCAGGCGUCGUGAGGAAGAGAUUUCGAUCAAACGUGCGAAGGCGUUCAAGACGAUAAGGAAGGACUACAAGGCGGUUCGUGCAACGGAUGUCUUCGUCAUGGCGAACGGCAAGAAGCAGCGCCGCGGAUGCUUGCACUGCGGCACGGUGAAAACGCCGCAGUGGCGUAUGGGACCGGAGGGUAAGAAGACACUUUGCAACGCCUGUGGCGUUCGAUUCAUGAAGGGCAUCCUGUAA